AUGAAUAGAACGGAGGAAGAAGUUGUUGAUAUCAUUGAAGAUGUAGUGAUGCAUUACAUGGAUUGGCAAGAUGGUGAGCAAGAGUCCACAAGCAAGAGUAGCUCUACGGUUUAUUUCGUUGAUCAUCUCAAUGCGACCAACAAUACGUCAUCACCAAUCUCAAAUAUAGGGAAGGAGAUGACCUCUAUCAAAGCCAAAUUGGAGAGCACUUCUUCACAAGCGCCUGUUCUUCCCUCCCAAAAUAAGGGGAGAGGGCUUGAACCCAAGAAAACGGUCUAUUCUAUCACCACUAGGAGUGGUAAGGUCCUUCAAGAGAGUGUUUCUAGGAGGAAUCAAGAAAGUGAGAAGGUGAGUGAUUCAUCCAAUGAUGAUGAGCAUUAUGUGUCUAGCAAGAAGUGUGAGGUUUCUAAGGAGAAGGCCAAGAUGGGAGAGAGUGUGCAAAAUGAAGUGAGAAAACCCAAACAUCCCUACCCCCAAAAGUUCUUGAGGAACAAGAUUGAUGUUCAAUUUGGGAGAUUUCUUGACAUGCUUAAGAAGAUUCAUCUUUCUAUCCCUUUCAUCGAUACUUUGAAACAAAUGCCAAACUAUUCUAAGUUCCUUAAGGAUAUCUUGAGUGGAAAAAGAGAAUGUAAUGAGAUUGACUCGGUAAAGGUUGGGGAAUGUUGUAGUGCUCUUAUCUACAAUGACUUAGCCAAGAAGAUGAAAGAUCCAGGUGAGCUCAACAUGACCCUACAAUUGGCCGGCCGUCCUAUUAAGUUCCCUAAGGGUAGAAUUGCAGAUGUCCCCCUCAAUAUAGGAGAGUUCACUAUCCUCGUUGACUACAUUGUGCUAGAUAUUGCGAAAGUUGAUAACAUUCCUAUCAUUUUAUGGAGACCAUUCCUAGAAACUUCGGGUGCCUUGAUAGAUGUGAAAGGUGGCAUUAUUGCAUGUGGUUGA